UAAUCGACCACGUUUGACGGUUACGUGAGCUACCCCCCAAAAAACAAAAAAAACAAAAACAAAAAAGAAGUUGCGGGGUGCUUCACACUUCCGAGCUAUCUUCGUCUAGCUGCGGUUAUAACUUUCCUCACGACUCGUUGGUCGACUUACCGGAGCCUCCCGUUACCAGAGGAAACUCAUCUGGCGACAUAAGGCAGAUAAGGCGUUUAACUUUGAUUUGAAGCUGGCAACAUUAUCACCUGAGAGCAGACUUCACUCCCAGUCCAAGACGACCAAGGUGUAUCAGUUUAAAGAGGGAAAAGUCAGCAGACCUUUGUCAGGAGCUGGGACCCCACCAUGUUGUGUUUAAGUUGAUUUUAUGAGUUGAAAUUUAAAUGAGAAAGAAAACGCUCAGAUGAGUGUGGAGAAUGCCCACUAUGAGUCAGAAGAGUCCCUGCCUGUGGACUCCGCUGCCCCAGGGCAGCCCGGCUCCAUGUGACCGCUACAAGCAUGCCUGCUGUACAUACAGCGGGGACGUCUACGUCUUGGGUGGCAGAGACAGCAGCUGUCUGGGGGACUUGUGGCGAUACACUGUGGCACUUAAUGAGUGGACAGAGCUGGUCUGUACCAGUGAAGCAGCACCAGAUGAACUUGAGGAGCACUCUAUGGUGGCUCAUGAGGGCUUUCUGUAUGUAUUUGGAGGAAUGUUGGAUUCUGCAUACACAGAAUGGAGAUGUCCCCUCUGGGUGUUUGACAUUACCAAGCAGAAAUGGAUUCAGUGGCAGGGAAAGAAGAGCUCCCCCCAGUCCCAGAUGCCAACCAACAGAAAGGGCCACAGCGCCGUGGUCUUUGGCUCUGCUAUGUUCGUUUAUGGAGGAUACAUAGACAUGAGAGGAUCGACGCAGGAGUUUUGGACUUUAGAUUUUGAUACCAUGGCUUGGUCUCUACUGGACAGUUCCCAGCAGGUUUCAAUGGGACCUGGUCCCGGCCCUAGACACUGCCACUCUGCUGUGGCUUACCAAGAUUGCAUGUACCUGUUUGGGGGCCUGAGAGGCCUGCGGGAGCAGAGGGACUUGUGGAUGUGGAAUUCAACCAGCCACACCUGGAGUUGUCUUAAAGCCAUGUCAGGACCCUCCAAACUGGUGGGCCACUCAGCUGUGGCAUACAAAGACAGCAUGCUCGUGUUUGGGGGAGGUGAGAGCCAGAGCUGCCCAAUGAACAGUCUGUGGAGGUACAGCUUCACCACCCUCAACUGGGAGAGGCUGGCCGUGCUCCCAGGUUCAAACCCUCCUCCCAGGAUCCACCACUGCUGUGCUGGGCUGGGCCCCAGCUACCAGGCCCAAACCAGCCCGUCCUACUCAGUCUCCCACGGGGCAAGCUCCAGACCCCAAACCGGGCUGAUGGACAGCAAACUCAGGCCCUUUAAAAACAAGUGCUUCCCAUUGCCACUCACCUACUUGGGGACAGAGGGUGCCAUAGAGCUUGAGACUUUCAGCUCAGACAAGAGCUGCGGAGCCAGUUCAUACACAGAUUCUACUGGGGUCGACUACAGCAAUGGGAGCUUGACAGGGAAAGACGCCCAGCGGAUCAAGAGCUGUCUUACCUUUGAGAACCAAGCAUUCAGUAAAAAGUGGAGCUAUGAUGAGGAGGACUCGGUCGACAUAGAGGACAGUAUAACCCAACAUUUACCAGAUCUGCUGCUGGUGCUGGGGGGGAAACCUCUGAACAGACACAUGGCCAUUUCUGUAUGGCAGAUGACUCUGACUGAUUCAUGAAUACAUAAAAGAAAUAUGGAUACUUCCACAAUUAAAUGUGACAAUUGAAGUAACAUGACAAUUUAAUUUCUACACACUAAAAAAGAAAAAAAAACCUAAGAUUUGCCUUAUAUUUUCAGUUGUAGAAAAACCUAGUUCAGCUCUUGAUGAUAAUGCUGGCACAAAGACAUGCUCAAGGUGGUUAUAUUUCAUAACAUGCUGACUUAAUGUCAAUGUUGACUUACUUGAUAUGAAUGAAUAUAACCCAACACCUUUCGUAAAAGGGAUUUAAUGUGUCCAUGCUGAGUACAUUAGCAAGAAAACAGGUGUAGGUAAGACUGAUUCAUUUAUUUUUGUAUCGUCUACAUCAGUUGGCAAACUGCUAGGACUUUUUUAGGAUGUAAGCAUGUUGGUUGAAGCAUAUUUUUGGUACUACUGUCAGACUUGAUUCAACUCCUUUGGAUAAUGAUGAGCCAAAACAUUAUGACCACUCACAGAUGACCCAAAUAACAUUGAUCAUCUCCUAACAAGGGUACAUGUCAAGGUCUGGGUUGAUUAUAUGGUAAGUGAACAACCAGUUUCUAGUAGUCAACAUGUUGGAUGCAACAGGAGUAAAGACCUGAGCGACUUUGGCAAGAACCGAAUUGUUAUGGCCAGACGACUGGGUCAGAGCAUCUCUGAAAUGGCAAGGCUUGUGGGGUGCUCCCGGUCAGCAGUGGUGAGUACCUACUGACAGCAGUCCAAGGAGGGGCAAACCACAAACCAGCAACAGGGUGUUAGGCACCCAAGGCUCAUCGAUGCACAAGGGCAACGAAGGCUAUCCCGUCAGGUCCAAACCAACAGAAGGUCUACUGUGGCACAAGUCACAGAAAAUCUUAAUGAUGGUUACAGGAGGAAUGUGUCACAACACACAGUGCACCGCACCCUGCUGCAUAUGAGGCUGCAUAGCUGCAGACCGGUCAGAGUGCCCAUGAUGACCCCUGUUCACCAUCGAAAAUGCCUACAUUGGACAUGCGAGUGUCAGAACUGGACCUUGGAGCAGUGUAAGAAGGUUGCCUGGUCCGAUGAGUCCUGUUUUCUUUUGGAUCAUGUGGAUGGCUGUGUAUGUGUGCACUGUUCACCUGGGGAAGUGAUGGCACCAGGAUGCACUGUGGGAAGAUGACAAGCCGGUAGAGGGAGUGUGAUGCUCUGGCCAGUGGUCUGCUGGAAAACCCUGGGUCCGGCCAUUCAUGUGGAAGUCAAUUUGACAAAUACCACCACCUACCUAAACAUCGUUGCAGACCAGGUACACUCCUUCAUGGCAAUGGUAUUCCCUGAUGGCAGUGGCCUCUUUCAGCAGGAUAAUGUGCCCUGCCACAUUGCACACAUUGUUCAGGAGUGGUUUGAGGAACAUGAUGAAGUGUUCAAGGUGUUGCCCUGGCCUCCAAAUUCUCCAGAUCUCAUCCGAUUGAGCAUCUGUGGGAUAUGCUGUACCCACAAGUCUGAUCCACGGCGGCUCCACCUUGCAACUUACAGGACUUGAAGGAUCUGUUGCUAAUGUUUUGGUGCCAGAUACCACAGGACACCUUCAGGGGUCUUGUAGAGUCCAUGUCUCGGCGGGUCAGCGCUGUUUUGGCAGCACGCGGAGGACCAACAGCAUAAUAGGCAGGUGGUCAAAAUGUUUUGGCUCAUCAGUGUAUAUUUUAUUUUGAGUUUGUGUUGUAGCGAGUUUUUCAAUUAACAGAAUAUUUCCUUUUUCCACUAUUUUAAUAAAUGGCGACAAAGGGAAAGUAUUAGCCACAGGCACAAACUUGUUUUGAUAAUUACUGGACUUUCUUGACUCUUUCACUGGAAUCCUCGAUCGUGUACAUAACGAAAAUGUGAAACAGCACUCGGGAGCGUAUCUUGCUUCCAUAAUGUAAGUAAGACAGGAUAUGGGGGGGGGGUGAUUUAAUCUUUCAGGAUUUGAUUGGAUCAUGCAAAUCAUUUUAUGGUAUUAGUUGGAAUGUUGCUUUGUCCACCCACUCAGACUUGGUGAUGCAAUCACAUAAACAUGGCUGUUUUAGAGGAAGUUUAAAUUGAUUAGAUUUUGAUGCUAAAUAAGUAGAAAAAUUGAAUUUUUGUUUUUUUUUUCUUUCUUUUUUUGGCGCGGGAGUUGAAUAGAUGCAUAAUACGACCGGGGAAAAUAAGCUAACAAGGUAAAGUGAGUUUUCAUUUCACGUUGUCUUUAAUGGAAACCCUUUCUGUAGUUCCUAUUGCGUCAGUUUAGAAUUUCCAAUUAGUAUUUAUGCAUUAACCUACUGUGUGUGUUGACAUAAUGCAUCUUUUCCUUCCAGGCCAAUACUUGAAAGUUUUGCAUAAUAACAAUUAAAAA